CUCGAAUAGCCUGGAGACCAGGCACUGCACACGCGCAGUGGGCGCCCCCACCUGGCCUGAGGAUCCGUGGAUUCGUUGCGACCCCGAGGCGCUCCUCCCUACCAGUUUGUUUUUUUGUUUUUCUGGUGACUUUUUUAGGGACUGAGUCUCGCUCUGGCGCCCAGGCUACAGUGCAGUAUCGCGAGCAUAGCUCAGUGAAGCCUCGACCUCUCGGGCUCAAGCAGUUCUCCGGCCUCAGCCUCCCCAAGUGGCUGGGACUACUGGCGUGCGCCAGUAGCCACUUCUGGCUAAUUAUUAUACUUUAUUUAUUUGUUUAUUUGUUUUUGAGUCGGAGUUUCCCCUCUAUGCCCUAGGCUGGAGUGCAGUGGUGCGAUCUCAGUUCGCUGCAACCUCCGCCUCCCGGGUUCCAGCGAUCCUCCUGCCUCAUCCUCCUAAGAAGCUGUGAUUACAGGCGCCCGCCACCACACCCGGCUAAUUUUUGUCUUUUUAGUAGAAAUGAGGUUUCAUCAUGUUGGCUAGGCUAGUCUCAAACUCCUGACCUCAGAUGAUCCUCCCACCUCGGCCUCCCAAAGCCCUGGGAUUACCGGCGUGAGCCGUCGCGCCCGACCUAAUUGUUAAAUUUUUUGUAGAGGUGGAGCCUCACCAUGGUCCCCAAGCUGCUCUCGAACUCCUGGGCUCAAGUGAUCUGCCAGCCUCCGACUUCCAAAGUGCUGGGAUUCCAGGCAUGAGCCACCGCGCCCGCCCACCCCCACCAAUUUGGAGUGUGAGAUUGUCCUGUUUACCCAUAGUAAUUCAGAUUUUAACCACGAAAAGUCAGGGGAAAGUGCGAACACAGUCCCCCACUACCACGAAUUAUGCAGUCGAGUUUCCUGUGUUUGGGGAAAUCGCAGGGGUCAGCACAUCCGGAGUGCAAUGGAUAAGCCUCCCCUGGGAAAACCACCUUUGUGAUCAUGGUAUCUCCCCUGCCAGGGGAGUCCUCCGCCCGGGCGUCCGGAACUGUCGACGGCAAACCCCGGCCCGCUGGGCCACCCGAGAAUUCCCGCGGCCUCCGCCGACCCGGAAUCUGGGCUCUCGCGGACCCGCGCCCCGCCCAGCCGCCCCAGGGCCUCCUGUGCUGGCCAUGCCCGUGCCCACGGAGGGCACCCCGCCGCCCCUGAGUGGCACUCCUGUCCCAGUCCCAGCUUACUUCCGCCACGCAGAACCUGGCUUCUCCCGCAAGAGGCCCAGGGGGCUCAGCCGGAGCCUCCCACCUCCACCCCCUGCCAAGGGCAGCAUCCCCAUCAGCCGCCUCUUCCCUCCUCGGACCCCACGCUGGCACCAGCUGCGUCCCCGGCGGGUGUCAUUCCGAGGCGAAGCCUCAGAGACCCUGCAGAGCCCUGGGUAUGACCCAAGCCGGCCAGAGUCCUUCUUCCAGCAGAGCUUUCAGAGGCUCAGCCGCCUGGGCCAUGGCUCCUACGGAGAGGUUUUCAAGGUGCGCUCCAAGGAGGAUGGUCAGCUCUAUGCAGUAAAGCGUUCCAUGUCACCAUUCCGGGGUCCCAAGGACCGGGCCCGCAAGCUGGCCGAGGUGGGCGGCCAUGAGAAGGUGGGGCAGCACCCACGCUGCGUGCGGCUGGAGCAGGCCUGGGAGGAGGGAGGCAUCCUGUACCUGCAGACGGAGCUGUGUGGGCCCAGCCUGCAGCAGCACUGUGAGGCCUGGGGCGCCAGCCUGCCCGAGGCCCAGGUCUGGGGCUACCUGCGGGACACGCUGCUUGCUCUGGCCCACCUGCAUGGCCAGGGCCUGGUGCACCUUGAUGUGAAGCCUGCCAACAUCUUCCUGGGGCCUCGGGGCCGCUGCAAGCUGGGUGACUUCGGACUGCUAGUGGAGCUGGGUACAGCAGGAGCUGGCGAGGUUCAGGAGGGAGAUCCCCGCUACAUGGCCCCCGAGCUGCUGCAGGGCUCCUAUGGGACAGCAGCGGACGUGUUCAGUCUGGGCCUCACCAUCUUGGAAGUAGCAUGCAACAUGGAGCUGCCUCAUGGUGGGGAGGGCUGGCAGCAGCUGCGCCAGGGCUACCUGCCCCCCGAGUUCACUGCCGGUCUGUCUUCUGAGCUGCGUUCUGUCCUUGUCAUGAUGCUGGAGCCGGACCCCAAGCUUCGGGCCACAGCUGAGGCCCUGCUGGCGCUGCCUGUGUUGAGGCAGCAGAGGGCCUGGGGUGCACUGUGGUAUAUGACAGCGGAGGCCCUGAGCCGAGGGUGGGCCCUGUGGCAGGCCCUGCUUGCCCUGCUGUGUUGGCUCUGGCAUGGGCUGGCUCACCCUGCUAGCUGGCUGCAGUCCCCGGGCCCGCCGGCCACCCCACCUGGCUCACCACCCUGUAGCCUGCUCCUGGACAGCAGCCUCUCCAGCAACUGGGACGACGACAGCCUAGGGCCCUCACUCUCCCCUGAGGCUGUCCUGGCCCGGGCUUCGGGGAGCACUUCCACCCCCCGGAGCAGGUGCAUGCCCAGGGAUGCCCUGGACCUAAGUGACAUUGACUCAGAGCCUCCUCGGGGGUCCUUCCCCUCCUUUGAGCCUCGGAAUCUCCUCAGCCUGUUUGAGGACACCCUAGACCCAACCUGAGCCCCAGGCUCCGCCUCUGCACUUGUAAUGUUUUACCCAGUGUCCCUCCCAUCGCUUUUGAAAGCUGGGGCCCCUCGGGAACUCCCACGGUCUUUUUCUGCCUGGCCAUGUCUAAUAAAAGGUACUUGAACCUUGGAGCAUCCAAGCUCGCUCGUGUGGCAA